GCCGCAGCGGGAUCGCCAUGGAGCGCUCCCUGCACCGCGUCUCCCUCGGGAGCCGGCGCGCCCACCCGAACUUGUCCUUCUAUCUCACCACCUUUGGUCAGCUGAAGCUGUCCAUUGAUGCCCAGGAUCGGGUUCUGCUGCUACACAUUAUAGAAGGCAAAGGCCUGAUGAGCAAAGAGCCUGACAGCUGUGAUCCCUAUGUGAAGAUUUCUUUGAUCCCAGAAGACGACCAGCAGUGCUGUCAGAAGACACAGACCAUUCCGAACUGCAGAGACCCAGCUUUCCAUGAGCAUUUCUUCUUUCCUGUUCCGGAGGAAGGUGAUCAGAAGCGUCUUCUGGUGACAGUGUGGAACAGGGCCAGUGAGACCAGGCAGCGUGCACUCAUCGGCUGCAUGAGCUUCGGGGUGAGGUCCCUCUUGACUCCAGACAAGGAGAUCAGUGGCUGGUAUUAUCUGCUAGGGGAGGACCUGGGCAGGACGAAGCACCUCAAGGUGGCUAGGCGGCGGCUCCGGCCCCUGACAGACAUGCUGUUGAGAAUGCCAGGAGAUGGGGACCCUGAGAGUGGGGUGAAACUCCAGAUCACUAUCCGGAGGGGCAAAGACGGCUUUGGUUUCACCAUCUGCUGUGACUCUCCGGUCCGAGUCCAGGCCGUGGAUUCUGGGGGCCCAGCAGAGAGGGCAGGCCUGCAGCAGCUGGAUACCGUGCUACAACUGAAUGAGAGGCCUGUGGAGCACUGGAAAUGUGUGGAGCUGGCACACGAGAUCCGGAGCUGUCCUAGUGAGAUCAUCCUGCUCGUGUGGCGUGUGGUCCCCCAGAUCAAGCCAGGGCCAGACGGUGGAGUUUUGCGACGGGCGUCCUGCAAGUCCACACAUGACCUCUUGUCACCCCCUAACAAAAGAGAGAAGAACUGUACCCAUGGGCCUCCGUCCCGUCCUGAGCAGCGCCACAGCUGCCACCUGGUGUGUGACAGCUCUGAUGGGCUGCUGCUUGGUGGCUGGGAACGCUACACCGAGGUGGGCAAGCGCAGCGGCCAGCACACCCUGCCUGCACUGUCUCGGGCCACCACCCCCACCGACCCCAACUACAUCAUCCUGGCCCCGCUGAAUCCUGGAAGCCAGUUGCUCCGGCCUGUGUAUCAGGAGGAUGCCAUCCCUGAAGAACCAGGGACUACCACUAAAGGGAAAUCGUACACGGGCCUGGGCAAGAAGUCCCGGCUGAUGAAGACAGUGCAGACCAUGAAGGGCCACAGCAACUACCAGGAUUGCUCAGCCCUGAGACCACACGUCCCACACUCAAGCUACGGCACCUAUGUAACCCUGGCCCCCAAAGUCCUGGUGUUCCCUGUUUUUGUGCAGCCCCUAGAUCUCUGUAACCCUGCCCGGACACUCCUGCUGUCAGAAGAGCUGCUGCUGUAUGAGGGGAGGAACAAGGCUUCCCAGGUGACACUGUUUGCCUACUCAGACCUGCUGCUCUUCACUAAGGAGGACGAGCCAGGCCGCUGUGAUGUCCUGAGAAAUCCCCUCUACCUCCAGAGUGUGAAGUUACAGGAGGGUUCUUCAGAAGACUUGAAAUUCUGUGUGCUGUACCUGGCAGAGAAGGCAGAGUGCUUGUUCACUUUGGAGGCUCACUCACAGGAGCAGAAGAAGAGAGUGUGCUGGUGCCUGUCAGAGAACAUCGCCAAGCAGCAACAGCUGGCCUCAUCGCCCCUGGAGAGGAAGAUGUUUGAGACAGAGGCAGAUGAGAAGGAGAUGCCCCUGGACGAGGGGAAGGGGCCAGGUGCUGAGAAACCCACACCCAUCAAAGACCUCUCUCCAGGCCAGGAGCUUCCUCUGGGACAAGACCUCCCACCCGGGAAGGACCCCUCUCCAGGCCAGGAGCUUCCUCCGGGACAAGACCUCCCACCUGGGAAGGACCCCUCUCCAGGCCAGGAGCUUCCUCCGGGACAAGACCUCCCACCCGGGAAGGACCCCUCUCCAGGUCAGGAGCUUCCUCCGGGACAAGACCUCCCACCCGGGAAGGACCCCUCUCCAGGCCAGGAGCUUCCUCCGGGACAAGACCUCACACCCAGGAAGGACCCCUCUCCAGGCCAGGAGCUUCCUCCGGGACAAGACCUCAUACCCAAGAAGGAUUCUUCUUCGGCGCAAGAAGCAGCUCCUGGCCCAGAGUCACCAUCCGGUGAAGACACAGCUACCUGCCAAGAGCCCCCUCAAAGUCUAGAAAUCCCAACAAGCAAGGACCCCCCACCAUGCCAGAGCUGCCCUCCAACCACAGAACUCCCAACUUGCCAGGACCUUCCUGCCGGUCAAGCAUCUAUUCCUAGCCAGGACCCUCUGCUCAGUCAAGAGCCCUCUGUCAUCCUAGAACCUUCUGCCUCAGUCCAGAACCUCCCACCCUCUCAGGAGUCACCUCCCAGCCAGGGAUCCCCACCAGAGAAAACCCUUGAUGAACAGACCAUCAGCUCCCGGGAGCUACCAGGAGCCAGUGCAGCCAUACCUCCAGCCUCCAGGCCCAACUUUGUGAUCCCUGAGGUGCGGUUGGAUAGUGCCUACAGCCAACAGGAUGGGGCCCAUGGGGGCAGCUCUGGUGAGGAGGAGGAUGCAGAAGAGGGAGAGGAGGGGGAAGAAGGGGAGGAAGAUGAGGAGGACACCAGCGAUGACAACUAUGGGGACCGCAGUGAGGCCAAGCGCAGCAGCCUGAUUGAGACUGGCCAAGGUGCCGAGGGCGGCCUCUCAUUACGUGUGCAGAACUCGCUGCGGCGCCGGACGCACAGCGAGGGCAGCCUGCUGCAGGAAGCCCGUGGGUCCUGCUUUGCCUCUGACACCACCUUACACUGCUCUGAUGGCGAGGGCACCACAUCCACCUGGGCCAUCCCUUCACCCCGCACCCUCAAAAAGGAACUGGGUCGUAAUGGAGGCUCCAUGCACCACCUUUCCCUGUUCUUCACUGGACACAGGAAGAUGAGUGGGGCUGACCUCGGGGAUGAUGAUGAAGCCUCCCGGAAGAGAAAGAGCAAAAACAUAGCCAAGGACAUGAAGAAUAAGCUGGCUAUCUUCAGGCGGCGGAAUGAAUCUCCGGGGGCCCAGCCAGCCAGCAAGACAGACAAGACGACAAAAUCCUUCAAGCCUACCUCGGAGGAAGCCCUCAAAUGGAGCGAGUCCCUGGAGAAGCUGCUGCUUCACAAAUAUGGCUUAGAAGUGUUCCAAGCCUUCCUUCGCACUGAGUUCAGUGAGGAGAACCUGGAGUUCUGGCUAGCUUGCGAGGACUUCAAGAAAGUCAAAUCACAGUCCAAGAUGGCAGCCAAAGCCAAGAAGAUCUUCGCCGAAUUCAUCGCGAUCCAGGCUUGCAAGGAGGUAAACCUGGACUCGUACACACGAGAACACACCAAGGACAACUUGCAGAGUGUCACAAGAGGCUGCUUUGACCUGGCACAAAAACGUAUCUUUGGGCUCAUGGAAAAGGACUCAUACCCUCGCUUCCUCCGCUCUGACCUCUACUUGGACCUCAUUAACCAGAAGAAGAUGAGUCCCCCGCUCUAGGGACCGCCACUAUCCAGCUCAGCAUUCACACCAAGCGGAGGGGGCUCCCUGCCCACCCGCCUCCCUCCCCUGUGACGGAGGGGGCAAGCGAGCCCCCAGAGGCUGUGUCUCCAGACAGACAGAUGGACAUUUGGAUUCGCGGCCUGGACUGAGAGAGAUCCAGGCCACUCCAGGAGUAGGAGGACAGGCUGCAUCAGGUCCUCAAUGCCCCGGUACGAGGGGACCAAGGGCCCUGACAGGUCAGGGGCCCCGGUGGAGCCAGAUCAGGAGCUGUGGCUCCAUGCUUUGGAGAUUCGGAGACUUCACACUGACCAAGUUCUUAGAGAACUGGCUGGGGGAUCAGGAGGCCCAGGCCUGGGCUCUGGGGCUAUCCUGGGGGCUGUUGGGACUCACAGCUCAGAUCUUCCCCCAUUGAAUUUUAUUUAUUUAAACAGUAGUUGGAUGCUUGGCACAUGAACUGUAAUAGGAAACCCUCGCCCUGUCAGUUUUCUUAACUUACAAGUGCAAUAUCUUAAUCAAUGCCUUGUUAAAGCCACCUGUGGAGGUGACCGCCAUCCUACAGUUUCAGGGCAUUUGCUGGUCCCAGGAACCAGUGGUGGCAGCUGGGUCUUCUAGACUGACAAGGCCUUGGCGGUGGUGGGGGGGAUGCUGCAGAAAUCUGGCACCCCCUGGGAAGGUGUCCCCCAAGAGAUCUGGGAAGGCAUAGUGCCCUCCGGCCACACCGUAACGAGCGCUGGAACAAAUAAAAGGCCUGUGUUAUUCUCA